CCUGGGGCUAGAACGAGCGAUAAAGUAAAAAGAGUAAACUAGUAUGUCACAAGAUUUUAGUUCUUUUUGAGGGCGCUAGUAGUCUAGUUGCACGACAGCUGAUUACAAGCUGCUAUUUCAUGCGGAGCACACUAAACUUUAAAUAAAAAUAAUAAUAUUAGAACUGAAUAAAUGAAAUAGCAAACGCGUAUGAUUUCUAUUAAUAAUUUAUCAAUAAAUAAAUAAAAAUAAUCAAAACUUUGAGCUAAACCUUGUAUUGAGUGAUUUAAAAUGAGAAAUAUAUAUUAAGAACAUGCCGGGUUGUUUAGUACCAGGAUGUACUUCUGGUUACAAAUCGAACUUUGAAAAAGUUCAUUUUUUUUCUGUGCCCAAAGAUGAAAAAUUAAAGGAGCAGUGGCAAAUUGCAAUAAAAAGACCCAACACAUUAGUUUCAAAAACACAAGUGGUUUGUGACAAACAUUUUUUAGCUGGAGAUAUAAUUCGAAGUCGACAGUUGUUAGGUCCAGAAGGAGAAGUUCUGGGAGUAUCACCAUAUCGGCGACCGCGACUAGCACCUGGAGCUGUACCUAGUUUAUUUCCUUGGACAGAGGUGAUAUCAUCUGAUAAUGACAUUGAUGCUAACCCUGAGACUUCAGAAGUAAAUCUAGUUCCUGAUCAUAGUAAUGCAUCAGAAAAGCAAGUUGUUGAUACAUUUUCUGUCAAUAUUAAUACUGUGGACAGGCUUGAGGAGCUUCAAGUGGGUCAAUCUUCUGAUGUUUGUUUAUACACUGACACGCCAGCAAAUAUUAUAAAUAAUUUGGAAGCUUUGGAAGCAAAUAGUUGUUGUAAUUCAGUGGAAGUAUUUAAUUUUGAAGCUUUAUUGACUAGUAAUAUGGAAUUACCAAGUUCAUGGAUGCGUAAUAAUAUAAAAUAUAAAGAAGAGUCUCUGAUCAGCUUUUCUUAUCUUAUAUGCGAUAUGAUCGAUGGAAAAUAUUUAAGUUUCAAUCUGAAAGAGGUGAUAGUCGACUCAAAGUUGGAAUUAUAUACACAUAUACUAGAUAAGCCUUUAAAUGUCUCGCCUUACUUUAAUGUAAAAAAAAGUAUCACAAGUGUCAACGAUUUGGAGGAGUAUUUACGCCAGGUUAACUCUCUAAAAGUUUGUCGAGGUAUUGUAAUUCCUGAUAUCAAUGAGUAUGAAAAUUCUGAUGCGUUAGUUAUAGAUAAAAGGAACAUGGUAAGACGUGAGACAUGCACUCUCUUAUGCCACUCAACGCAAUGUAAUGCGUGUCAUAAUGCAAGUAGAGCCUUAGUCAGAAAAAGGAAACGCAACAACACAAAUUUGCAAGAUUCUAGAUCAAUAAAUAAAAAAAGUAAUGUACUUUCGAGUAAAUUCAAGUCACAUGCUAAAGUAAAUUCUGGCAAUGACCACGUGAAAAAUUGAAACAAAAAUUAAGUAGAUCCAUACAGCGGAAAAAUCAGUUGCAGUUGGCGAAUAGAACAUUACGAAAAAAUUUGAAAACCUGUCAAAAGACAAUGUCUCAAAAAUCUGAAGCUAGUGUUCUUAAUAAAUUACGUUCGAAUGAUGUUGCUAAAAAUCAAUGUGAUGUAGUUCAAGAAAUCUUGAAAGCAUCACACUGCAAAAAUUCUAGCGGCCGUCGAUACUCUGAGAACUGGUUGAUGUUAUGUAUGUUGCUAUACAUGCGGUCUGUUUCAGGAUAUAAUUUUAUCCGUGAUAAUAACAUUUUGCCAUUACCAUGCGUCAGUACAAUGAGAAGGAAUCUUGCAUCGAUAAACACACAGUGUGGAUUUGACUCAGAAUUUUUCGAAGCAUUCACUAAUUUUU